GAACUCAUUGCCACAUGGGUGAUGGGCUUAUUGUUCUCAAAGUUUUGGAGGCUUUUCAGUUCGAGGGACUAUAAGGUUAUAAUUUUGGGAUUAGACAAUGCCGGCAAAUCCACAAUACUGUAUCAGUUCGUACUUAAAGAGGCUGUACAAACGUCACCUACCAUUGGCAGCAAUGUGGAGGAGGUAAAAUGGAAGAAUUUGCAUUUCAUAAUGUGGGAUAUCGGUGGACAGACUUCUCUCAGAGCAUCUUGGGAUACAUAUUUUUCUGGUUCAGAUUUUGUUAUUUUAGUUAUCGAUAGCACAGAUCGUGAGCGUUUGUUCUUAACAAAGCAAGAGCUGUACAAAUUACUAGUUGCUGAGGAGUUGAAGCGCUCAAAGAUGUUGAUAUUUGCGAAUAAGCAAGAUGUAUCUGGGUGUAUGUCUGUUGCUGAAAUAAGCCACAACCUUAACUUGACAUCCAUAAGAGACCAUCCAUGGCAUGUCCAACCAUGCUGCGCACUGACAGGAGAAGGUUUCAGAGGUGUAAUUUUUUUAUCUUGAGGAGUCGGCUGACAGUCAGUGUGUCCUGGGUUGAAAUAGCGCUUCAUCUGUUUCAUCAUGUACAACUGCCAAGUAUCACUCAUGCAGUAAGUCUGGUCCACAGUCUGGUGCCUGCGUUUACAUAGCCGUACUUAUAAUGUGCUGUCAUGCAGCCAGCACUUAAUUAUCCAGCCUGUAGAUGAGGUUCCGGCGGUCGAUAGUUUUCAAGUGAUGUCAAGGUAUGACAUAAUUCGACAAGUAUCCUGCUUUUUAAACCAGUAGCUAUUUCCACUCUGGACUUGACUUCCUCAAGGUUUGGAUUGGAUUGCUACUCAAAUUGGACGAUGACAGUGCAAAUCUCUCCCUGCUCCCUCCGCACUCCCCCCUCUUUAUUAUUUUCUUAACGGUUAUUUUCUCAAUUUUCGAUUAUUAUCAACAACAAAAAAUAAAGUCUUAAGCAUCAAUAAUAUACUAGUGCUGUUAAUGUUCUCCGUCAAGAGUCAGUGUUAUGUCGCCUUUGAAAAAAGUGAACUGUUUCGUGAAUAACUUUAUUGUAAAUUGUUAUUCUUAUAUCUUCUAGUUUUUCUUAAGUUUUUCUUGUGUUAUCGUCGUUUCGUUUGUACAGACUGUAAUAUAACACUUCAUGCCUAUAUUUGCUUAAUAUGGUUAUGACCUUCCUUAUUAUGUUCAUUUUGUAAUAUGAAAAAUCAGAGUAUCUAUCCAAGUGUACUAGGCAAUUGUAAACUUCUGCUUAUAUUUACCAUCAGCCUUGUUCACUAUUUGUAACGCUCUCAGUAAGGCUGUUGAUUAUUUGAAUCAGGUGUGGUCAACUACCAGUGAUGUGUAUGGAAAUCAAUUUGAAAUCAAUUUCUUUUGUGAUUUAAAUUUCUGUCUUAUACUUUCACAUAUAUGACUUUUUGUUACUGUUAUAUAUUGCAAAGAAAUAGGAAAAUCCCUUAUUGUGAAAUAAGAAGCAAAUAAUAAAGAAUUUUUGAAGCUUC